UUUGAAAUACAUCCGAUGGGCUGUUUUUCUCUUACAAAGUUAAUGAUUAUAUUACGAUUCAAGCAACGCGUAAGCCGACUCUAUUUAUAUAUCUCUCACUAUUACUAUGUGUAUACACUAUCACAAGAUAAUUUCCGGGUUUAAAUGUUGCUGGCACUCAUGUGUUUAUUUUAUUCUGACAGACUGUAUUUCGAGUUUAUAUGGGAUGGUUGUUGAAGGUAGAAAUAUAUAAGUAAUGCAGCAUUGAUUUUUAUUUUCUGGAAAUAGUACACGGAAUUAUUUGCCACUAAUAAUUCUUUUAAUGGCUGUAUCUGUUUAGAUAAUUAUGGACUAUACAAGUCUGGUACUAGUGAUUCUUCGGUCUUUCUUAACAUUUGGUCAGUUACCGGACAUAUACUUGUAUAAUCGCGAUGGCAUGCACUACUUAAUGUGCAAUACUUCUUGGUCUCCUUCGUUGUUUGGAGUUUUAAAAAAUGGCAAGUACGCUGUGUCGGUCGUACUUGGGAGCAAAUGUUUUAAUCUACACGACUUGAUUAAAGUUCCGUGCACAUGCAAGGGAAAUGCUAGUGUCGAAUGCAACAUUACACAAUACAAUUGUAGUACGUGGGCGUGUGAAGCGGAUGAGAAUGGCGUGAGGAAAACGAGUAAAGUCAUCAAUUCCUGUCCAAAUGCAACAAUGAAUUCGACAUAUCAACAUCGCAACUUUUCUGAUUGCGUGAAUUGCUCUGCAGUUACCAAAUGUACCGACAGGCUUCAGUUGGUUGUGGGUGGAAUUUAUUUUAACGACACGAGCAUCCAAUCAAACCAUUAUACUCGGACAAACAUAAGCUUUAUAUAUAACGUAUUUCAACGAGAAAACAACGGCUCAGUUGUUGUAUGUCAGUUCGGAAAUGGAGAAGCAGAUCCUUGGCGAAUAAUGAUAAAAAUUCCUCCACGAACCUGCGCCGGUAAUCAUUCCAUCACAACAAAACAUCAAUCCACGAAUGCAUGCCCACUCCUUAAUGGGAAUCCAAAAGUGCAAAUAAAAAAACGAGAAUGUUCUAAACCAGAAGAUAAUAUAAGCGAUGGAAAUUUUUGUGAAGCGCUCAACAUAGCAAGAAACCAAAUGUUUGUUGGAAAUGUAUCGGGUCGAUUCGAACUGAUCGUUUUAGUUCCUGCUUCAGUCAAUGAAUUUUAUAUCGAAGGCAAAGAGGAUCACAAUAGCAUCACACUCAAUGAAAGGGAAAGUAUCACGCUCAUUUGCAAUGGACAAGGCAACCCUCCUCCUGAUAUAAUGUUAAUACACAAUAAUGUGACAGUGUCUGUAAAUACCUCAUCAGCUAUACAUACCCUUCAAUUAUCAGACAGUGCUAACUCAUUGAAAUUUACCUGCCGAGCAUCUAAUGGCCUCGAUACCGACUUAAAAGUUAUUAACGCCACCAUGAUCUUAAGAAAUUCACACACAGAACGCAACUUCAUAUUUAUCGUCAUUGUUGGAUUAGUCACAGCCGCCAUAGUUAUUGUACUUGUUGUGUCAAUGAUUCUGAUGAAGAGACAAGGGAUCGUCGUAUUCUGCGAACGAAGAAUAUUUGUUACAGAUGCUGCUGCAGGAAACGAUGAACUACCGGCUUCUGCUGUGAUUGCAUUGGCUGACUUCCCACAAAACGAAACAACAGAAAACAAAGAGUGUUCGAAACAUGAAUACAUAAAAUCUGCUUUCGCCAAUGAAACGUAUGCUGGAUAUCUCGACCGGGAAAGAGAAGCCAAUCACAAUCCUCAUAUUGAGCAAGGAUUCAGCCCUAGUCAAGAUCUAGCCAAUCCCUUUGAACCGGAAACUAUUAUAGAUGACCAACUCUAUAGCUGCGCUAAACAGCCUGAAGACGCAAAUAAAGUCUCAAACGCUGCAGAACACAGAACUAAGCGGCUUAAAACAGGAAAUGUUGGCGAAAAUUUCACUUACAGCGUUGUCAAUAAAACGACACGACCAGACGCCAACAAUUGCUCUGCUGUCCAUCAAAAACAACAGUCAAAGGUCUUAAUUAACAGGGUAUCCAAAAACACAAAAGGUCAUGAUGAUAACACUUACGGAAUUGUCAACAAGCCGAAAAAAUGGAAGGGCAACAUCACAGAUGAAGAAAGAUCAGUGAGUCCAUGGGAGAAGAGUAUGUCAAGAAGAACAGAGUACCAAAACUGCGGUAAGUCGAUGCCAUCCAAUACAGCACAUAAAUCCCAGUACAAAAAAGAUAUCAUGAAGAUUUGAAUAAUCGGCUUGACAUAAACAUGUUUACAACGAUCUAUUAUUAUGCAUAUUCUUAAAUGCCGUAUACAUGCAAAUAUAAAAGCAUACCAUCUUUUUAUAGUUAGUGAAAACCAAUUUUAAUCGUAUAUACGAACACAGCUUCAUGUAUUGUGUGUUAUUUGAAAUUUCUUUAGCUUUUUUUAAGUUGAGCAUCAUGCGUUGUCGUGCAGUGUAAAAAGGUAACACGUUGAAAAUGCAUUUGUAAGCGCAUUAUAAACAAGUUUAAAUCAUGGGUAUUUAAUAAUAAAUACUGUAUUUGUGUAAAUGUAUGCAACGGCGCCUUGCCUAAUCGAUACAACGCGAUAUUAUCAUAAUAUGUCAGUAUGUUUUAAUGCAAAUAAGUACAGAAAAACAACAACAAAGAUAACAACAUAAAUCACAUUAUGUAAGGUAUGUGUCUUACAUGGUACUUAAUACCCGUCGAAUACACAUGGAAGAACAAAAGUAUCGUUGAAUACGUAUGCAUUAACAAGUCUCUUAACUACUGCGUUUUGAAAUAUAGUUUCCGAUUAAAAAGCAAUACAGUAAAUUCAUUUUAACAUAUAACUUAACUGAUUUUUUUAAGCCGAUGAUAUAUAUUUACAUAGAACUCGUUAUUCGUUACUAACAACACAUCAGAAAUUGCAUAGGUUGUUGAUUGAAAGAUUAACCACACCACACUGCGUAUUGUUUCAUGAUUGCAUCUUCAGAGAACCGUUAGAAGACGCAGAUGAUGCCUCGGAGAGAAAACUGGAUGGCGUUUAAAAACGGAUGGUUUGAUUGCGUUUCCUGGUCAAGAUCGUGUACUGUUCGAUUGAACUAUGUAAUUUUACAGUUAUUUGUGAAACCCUGUAUGCAUUGUAUACAUAUUUAAAACACAUGUCGAAAUUAUGUGUGCUUACUUUGUACAGAAUCUUCGUGUGUACAUAUUAUUUUUUCUCCUUUGUAUAAGAUGAUUGAUUUUUACGCGUGUAAACAAAUAACACAUUUAAAGUGUAUUAUUUUGUAAGCAGCAAUUGGGAUUGUACAUUAGUUUUUAUUUGUCAUGUGUAUAUAGUAUUUUCAUUAUUUCAUUAUGUAGCGUUUAUAAGUACAAUAUUCCAUUUAUAUUUCGUGUACAUAUUUAAAAUUCGUACGGUAAUUUCAUGUUUUAAUAAUUAUAUUGUAUUGCAAAUAAAACAACAACAUGUCAGGUUUGUUAUUGUGUAAGCAGCAAUUUUCAUUAUACAUCUGCUAUGUGUAUGCAUACAAAAAUACUGAAUUAAUUACGUAGCGUACAAGCUGAUCGACCUUUAGAUAGUAACGUUAUGUGCAUGGUAUGGAACAUUUUGAAUGACCAUAGCAUUAGUAUAAACUUGUGUGUAAAUAAUUUAUUUGACUUGUAAUUUAAGUAAAAAAAUAAUGCCUGAAAUAUAAUAUUGUACAAUUUCUUAAUGUAAAAACCUAAACGUCCUCAACUUUUUCACAUUAUGGUAGGAAAUUGUAGGUGGAAUAUGUGGGUUUACCUCAUGUAAGAAAUAUUGAAAAUUUUAUCAAAUGGUCAAUAAACAUGACAGUCACAAAGUGCACAUAUGUACAAAUAAGCUUAUCGAUGAGGGAGAGAUUAAAGAAUAGUUAAGUUGACACAAGGCCGGGUAUGUUUGUAUUGGUCAAGCAAAAGUGUUUAUACAGUAAAAUCUCUCAUCAAAAGGUUUGAUAAAGCUUGUAAAUAUGUGGGUGGUUUGUUUAUCCCGUUCCCAGGGCUUCAUUGAUUCAGUAUCUUUAGAAAUCUAGCCAACCAGCAAUAAGCGCGCAUAGAAUCGACCAAUCAAAUAUGUUAUAGAAAUUUUAUUAUUGUAUGUUUAUGUGUAGUUCGAUAGAACGAGAUGUUUGGUGUGGAAACGAGGGGAGACAGCGUUUAGACUUGGAGGAGUACGGGUCGAGAAAGAUCCAACCAUGUAGCUAUUGAUCAGACUGUAUUUGUACAACUGGAAAAUAUUAGUUAUGUUAGACAUUAAAUUGGACUAGAAACUGA